UUUUGAUUGUGUUGGUUCGGUAAGUCGUGGUUGGCACAGGAUUUUUGGUUAGGUUUUGUUGUACGUUUUCCUCUUACUUUAAAGUAAUUGUUCAUACCUGUUGAUACUAUUUACUUAUUUUGACCAUAAAUGAGAAGUUUACCGUGUAUAUUCAGGUAGUACCACAAACAUGCUGUUUCUCCCUUCACAGGUGAUAUCAUCAGACCUCUGUAAUGAGUGAUAGCUUUUCUUCGAAAUUUGCUCAACUGAGCGUGCGACCGGAGAAAAGUCACAGUGAUUCGUCCGCCAAUACUCAGCGUGCUAAUGGUGAUGAAGAGAAAGGUUCUAAAGGAAACCCUUGGAAGCCAAUAGUCCCCAGUUCUGAGAAUAAUUCGCUCGAGGCGGACGCUUGGCCUGAACCAUCAGCACCUACAGAGCAAAGACGUAUCACUCGCAUCGCCGAAGAGAAACCUAAAAGAAAGUUGAAGUGGCAAAACUAUGAAGUCGAUGAUACAACAUGUGGCUUUCCACGAGGACGUGGUCGACAUACUGUCGGACCAUUCACUGGAGCCAACUACACAGCUGGUGGCAAUGGCAGGUCUUUCCGUAGAGGUUAUGGGGGUUACCGCAGUCGCGUUGCAGCUGAUGCAAACAGAGGUCGAAGCAGCAACGGGUUUUACCGCCAUCCCGGUCGUACAGCUAAUGUUCGACCCACAGAGUCAAAAGAAAACACCGAGCCUACUCUGAGGAAUAGUCCUAUCGGAAGCCCGGACACGUGUAGUGUUUCUGCUGAUGGUGCACCAUCAAGUGCAGACGUUUCACCCCAUGAGGAAAAGGUUUCUGAUCGUGGACUAAAUACAGCUGAAUCCUCAGAAAUGCCAGGACAGCAAACGGAAGCAGAACCAACAACGGCGAAAUCAAACCCAGUAUCUGUCGCCUCCGGCCCAACACCUCGAAAAGGAUAUCGUGAAAGAUCUAAUGUAUCUACUCAUUCAGGGAAUCAGGUAGCUAAUAUCCCACCGAAUUAUGAUGCGGGUCCGGUUGGACGAGCCAGACGUUCAUAUCAGAGACAACACCAACCUAUGUUUCCUGCAGAAACAGACAGUCACAAUCUUAACUCGCAUCCGACGUUGGUUGCAAAUUCCUCAAUUCAGCCUCUUAUUCCAUUUCAAACCCUACCUCAAAUUGCUUAUAUAAUCCCUGGAUCACCUGCGACAAUGCUGGGUACGGCUUUACAACUCACGCAAGCCCCUGCUUCUCAUACAAUCAUCCCUAACGUGUCGUUAGCCAGCAGUCAGAUCUUGUCUGCCCAACCUACAGUACAGCAUCCUAUUGCUGCUCUUCCACAUCUACCUGUUGAAAGCCUUCCUAUACCUAUUAUCCCAGAUGUUUCGGCGGUUCAGACAGUUCACCCUGCAUUUAAUGCACAAUCAUCCAUGACUUCUACUAUUGCCGAACAACCAAGUGAUACCAUUGAAGUAGUUGAUGUUACGCAGGUGAUCGCUUAUAUCAAUGAAGUAGGCUGGAAAAAGGUUGUUUUCCCCACAAGUCUUCGAGAGCAUCGUGCAGUUGCUGCAGCUAUAAAGGAUUCCCUUGGGUCAACGAAUCAAGAUUUAGCUGACCUGACGGAAUCAGCAGCUAAUAAAAACGAUAUGCCCACAUCGUCUACACAAACACGAAGUGAUGAUGCUCCCGUUAGACCAAUGAAGGCUGAUGACGUCAUCAUCGUUGAGGACCGUGUAUUUUUUGUCCCACGAAAUGUAAAUCGAACGAAAUUUCUGAAGUUUCUGUCGAAGUUGGAUUAUAUUAAGCAUCAUGUAGAAUAUUACUUUAGUGAUAGCAACUUGCAACGUGAUUCCCACUUGUUUUCGAUACUGACUGCCAACCAAGAUGUUUGCCCUAUUUCUGAGCUGCUGCAGUUUAAUCGACUACGUUGGGUAUCAACUACUGAAUCUGAAUUGCUUGAUGCUGUCUCAAGCAGUAGUGUAUUAAUGGUUGUAUUCUCUGCCGAUGGCUUACCGACCGGAAUCACUCGUGUUUGCACAACGCUAACUAAACAGCUAAAUGAAGGUUGCUCCCCACCUGCAGAAAGUUUCGCACGUUCAGCACAUCAAGGCGUUGUUCUAACAAGUUCCGCUGCUGACCAAGGCGUUAAUAUUGCACAUGUCUCAAUUUCCAACCAAUCUAUUGCACAUCCUGUGAUCGAUUCUUCUAGUCAAAGCUUGUCGGCUAUUAAUGCAGUUUCUACACACUCAUUCGAAAGCAGUCACGUUUCUGCAAAUAGUAGUAAUACACCAUUUUCUGUUACAACUCAGAUUUUGGCUGUCUCGGCACAGCCGCUUAACACAAUGACACACAAUUCACUUUCAGGUUAUGUUCAGUCUUCAGCCCACGUUCUAACUCCUAACAACCUGGGGAUUUUGACAAACUCUUCGCCAGCAAAUAUGGUGUAUCCAAGUUCUUCGGUCUCACAACCACAGGUGACAAUAACGACUCCAUUUUAUCAGACUGACCUUGGGACACAGUCUAACAUAAGGUCAAGUCAGCAGACAUCUUUUCAUUGCCCUCAGCUUUAUUCCCAGCAACAGGCUGCUGCAAUUGUUGCUGCGGCUGCCAAUCAGUGCGGAUUGUUAGCAUCUGGACCUAACACUCCAACCCUACCUCCGACGGACCCCAACACAGCAUCCUUUAUAUCCGCAUUUUAUCGUCUUGCCACUCCAGGUAAUCCCGCCCCCAUUGUUGGGACAUAUGUACCUUCUGUCGGUAAUCCUAACAACAUUUCUGCAGGCGCUCCUAACCCUGCUGUUUUCCUUCAACUUAUUCCAGGUGCUCAUCCUGGUCAGGCUAACGCUUAUUUCGCUCCUGCUCCAAUCAGCUGUCCACCGGGUACAAACUCAUUACUAAGUCGUCCUCUUUCUGCGCAUCCAAGUGGGAUGUGGAUACCGCUCAACACAGCCUCCGGUACUAGUGGCGGCAUUGUGUCAGCUCCUUACCAACCCUAUGUGGCACUUACACAAACCCACUCAAGCUUAUCGGUUCCAAAUAAUCCGACUGGCAAUGGAUCACUAUAUUCGGUGACUUCGUCGCACUCAUUCCCUACAGCAUUUGGGGCAGUUCCUGCUUUGGCAAUUACACCUGAUGUGCCUGGUUUUGCUGUUCAUAAAAUGUUCAACCAUGGACAUUCGUUGAGUAAUUUGCAUACCUACUCAAAUCACCAGUCUCCAGUUACUUCAAGUGCUAGUGUGACCACGAUGAACACGCCACCUGGUCACGCAUCUCAAAUCAAUGUUAACCAUGGCUCUGCUUCAGGUCCACAGCAAUCUGGAGGUAACUUAGUCUUGGGAAAACGAAUGCCUACGAGCAGUCAGCCGUGACUUUGUUAAUCCCAGACUAUAUAUUGAUAACCUCAUGUACAGUGUAAAGUCCCUUUUGUCCCAGAUACCCUUACUUAAUUCAUUUCAAUAAUUUACGAAGUCUUUUAACUUAAAAAAAUUAUUUCACAAUGCUAUGCUGGACCUUACUGUACAGUUCUAGCAAUUGUCUAGUCAGUAGUUCCUGCAUAUGCAUUAUCUGUAAGUUCAUAUUUUGUGCCUUAAACCUUCUGUUUAUAGUGACCGGAUUAUUUUUGUAAUUUCAACCAAAAUUUUGGCGUAUUCGCUUUCCAAAGAUAAUCUCUUAAGGAGGCGCAUAUCGCCAGUACUGAGUGAAUUUUUACACCUUGCCGCCUGUGAUACAAAACUUCACAUUUUAUGACUUUCUCUUCAGGCUGUGCCUGUCAUUUUACUGUAUCUAUGUUGUCCGCAAUUCAAUCUUCGGACAUUUUUAAAAUUUGAUAUGCACGAUCAUUAUGCUUUUAAAAAUGUAUUCGACAAAAAUGUUAAUGCUUUUAGCUUCCAUAUGUCCAUUCCCUAAGUGCACUUGCUCUGUCUUCCAUUGUGGUUAAGUGUGAAAUUUAGACUUAAAGUUAGGUUUUCUCAUUUUUCAGCUUACCCAUAUUAAUUAGUAACCUUAUUCAAUUGAAUUGUACCAUUAUUAUUUCCUGCUCAUUCCAAGAAUCUGCUCAUUGUAAAUAGUCCCUCCCUCAUCUUUUAUCUUAAAUAUUUCCUUUGUGAUGUUUGUAGUGUAAUGGUUUUGGUGUGCGAUAUCUCAUUGAUUUGUCGAAGUGAGUCUCUAGUAUUUCUUAUUAUCUUCAAGCUUUCCUACUCUAAUCUGUUAUUAUUCAGAUCCUUUAAAAGAAAAAGUAUCCAAAAAAACAAGUAUUGUGUGAAUACUUCUGCAAAAUGUUGGUUUGUAUUUUGAAAGUUAGGAGUGGUGUAAUUAGUUGCGAAUAUUUACUGAAGCCCCCUGACGUUUGUUUCAUAGUAAGGCGCGUUGAUAGCCCUUUAUUUAUAUAGUUGGCACGCACCCAGCCUCUGUAUGUGAUAUUUUAGAAAUUUCGCUUGACACUGUACUAAUAGGAUUCAAUAUAUAGAAUUUCUCAUGUAUGUAACUGAUUGUGGUCAAGUGUUAUGGCACAAGGUUUUCUGUAAAGUUCCAUUUAUCCUCUUAAAAAUAUCGACAUUAUUGAUAUAAGUAUAAAACUUGGGCACUGUGGUAGAG